AUGCUCAUGACGACGCCGAUGCCGGUGAAUGGGGGCAAUAUGUUCCCGAUGCCGCUCUUGCACGGCACGACGCCCGGGGUGUGGGACCUCUCCAUGUCCUCUUCCUCGGAAAAGACCUUUUCGAACAUGCCGGGGGUGAUGAUGUCCGGGACCUCGAUUGCCGCCUCCAACACCUCUCUCCCGAUGAUUUACUACCCCGGCCUGAAUGCCUUCGGGGCGGUGGGGGGUGGAGGGGGCAAUGCGAACCCGGUCGUCGGCCCGAUGAGCCCCCAAACCAUUCCCCCUCCCACCGCGAAGGAGACGGAGGGGUCGAAUUUGAGCAGCAGUCCGAGCGGCGCCGCAGUCGGUACCACCAACAACGCGAUGUAUUUCGUCCCCGUUUCCCCCUCCCCGUCGAACCCGGGGGAGGGGGGGGGCGCGCGAAACGCCACGCAGCCGAAUUCCGGGCUCUACAACGAUGCGAAUGCCCCGACGACGGAGAUGUCGCCGUUUUUGAUGCCCCCCAUGUACCCUUUUGUAGGAAAUUCCAACACCGACAAUGGGGUCUCGUCCUAUCCCACAUCCUUACCGACGAUGCCGUCCUCUGGGCUCCCGGUCUAUCUUCCAGGGCAACAGCAAGUUCCCGUUUUCCAUUCGAAUUACGUGAUGCUUUCUGACGGGCGUAUUAUGACCGCUUUUCACUAA